AUUAACCCGGGAGGCGGCGGCGGGGAGGGGAGAGGCUCUGAGAGGCGAGGCCGGGUGCGGCGGCGAGGGCGUCCCAACGGGCGCGGGACGGGACGGGGCAACGCGGGCGCUAGGAGCAGCGGCCCGGAGUCGGGGCGCCUUGCCCCGGGCCCCCCAGCAUGAAGACCCCGGCGGACACAGGGUUUGCCUUCCCAGAUUGGGCCUACAAGCCGGAGUCAUCCCCUGGCUCGAGGCAGAUCCAGUUGUGGCACUUUAUCCUGGAGCUGCUUCGGAAAGAGGAGUACCAGGGCGUCAUCGCCUGGCAGGGGGACUACGGGGAGUUUGUCAUCAAGGACCCUGAUGAAGUGGCUCGCCUCUGGGGUGUCCGCAAGUGCAAACCCCAGAUGAACUAUGACAAGCUGAGCCGGGCUUUGCGCUAUUAUUAUAACAAGCGCAUUCUGCACAAGACCAAGGGGAAACGGUUCACCUACAAGUUCAACUUCAACAAACUGGUGCUGGUUAAUUACCCUUUCAUCGAUGUGGGGCUGGCUGGGGGUGCAGUUCCCCAGAGCGCCCCUCCAGUGCCAUCGGGUGGCAGCCAUUUCCGCUUCCCUCCCUCAACGCCCUCCGAGGUGCUGUCCCCCACCGAGGAUCCCCGAUCUCCACCAGCUUGUUCUUCAUCAUCAUCUUCUCUCUUCUCCGCUGUGGUUGCCCGACGCCUGGGCCGAGGCUCAGUCAGUGACUGUAGUGAUGGCACAUCAGAACUGGAGGAGCCUCUGGGAGAGGACCCCAGGGCACGACCACCUGGUCCUCCGGAGCUGGGUGCCUUCCGAGGGCCCCCCCUGGCCCGCCUCCCGCAUGACCCUGGUGUCUUCCGUGUCUAUCCUCGGCCCCGGGGUGGUCCUGAACCCCUAAGUCCCUUCCCUGUGUCACCUUUGGCUGGGCCUGGCUCCCUUCUGCCUCCUCAGCUCUCCCCAGCUCUGCCCAUGACUCCCACCCAUCUGGCCUACACACCGUCACCCACGCUGAGUCCUAUGUACCCCAGUGGUGGUGGGGGCCCUAGUGGCUCAGGGGGAGGUUCCCACUUCUCCUUCAGUCCCGAGGACAUGAAACGGUACCUGCAGGCCCACACCCAAAGCGUCUACAACUACCACCUCAGUCCUCGAGCCUUCCUGCACUACCCAGGGCUGGUGGUGCCCCAGCCUCAGCGCCCCGACAAGUGCCCACUGCCUCCCUUGGCACCAGAGACCCCGCCGGUCCCCUCCUCGGCCUCGUCUUCCUCUUCCUCCUCUUCAUCCCCGUUCAAGUUUAAGCUACAGCCACCCCCACUAGGACGCCGGCAGCGGGCAGCUGGAGAGAAGGCUCCAGGGGGCACUGACAAGGGCAGUGGCUGCCCUGGCUCAGGUGGGCUAGCUGAGGGGGCAGGCGCAUUAGCCCCCCCACCGCCACCACCCCAGAUUAAGGUGGAACCCAUCUCAGAAGGCGAGUCGGAGGAGGUGGAGGUGACUGACAUCAGUGACGAAGAUGAGGAAGAUGGGGAGGUGUUCAAGACCCCCCGUGCCCCGCCUGCUCCCCCCAAGCCAGAGCCCGGAGAGGCACCAGGGGCACCCCAGUGCAUGCCCCUUAAACUGCGCUUUAAGCGGCGCUGGAGUGAAGACUGUCGCCUGGAGGGGGGUGGGUGCCUCUCUGGGGGCCCUGAGGAUGAGGGUGAGGACAAGAAGGUGCGUGGGGACAUGGGUCCUGGGGAGCCUGGGGGACCCCUCACCCCACGACGGGUGAGCUCUGACCUCCAGCACGCCACAGCCCAGCUCUCCCUGGAGCACCGAGAUUCCUGAGAGCUGUGGGCAAGGGCCCCUUGCGCCACCCCCCACCCACCCUACCCCCUGAGCUUUUGCUGCCUUAACCCCCACCCCACCCCAAGCCCUGGAGGUGAGGGCAGCUCUCUUUAGUCUCCUCCCUGCCUCCUCCCUUUCUCCUUCCCAACAUUUUGUAUAAAACUUUGAAUUUUUUUUUUUAAUGGUAGGGUGGGUGGGUGCCCAGAGUUGGGGGCUAAUCUCCUCAUCUCUGGGUUUGUAAGUUCUGGGCAAAGUGGUGGUGGGGGGUGGGAGGGGGGUGUUAAGGGGGGGCACCUCCAUUCUGGUGAUUUCUAUUUGAACAGAGGCUUUGGCCUUAAAACCCAGGAACUUUUUUAUUACAAUCGUAGGAAGUAAAGCCUUGUCUCCCUCCCUCUUCUCUGCCUCUUACCUCGUUCUCUCCCCCCCCCCAUCAUGCCCCUCCCCCAGCCCUAACCCUGCCUUCCUUGCCCCUCCUGGGGCUGAGAGUGCCUGGGUUUCUUAUAUCCCACAAGGUUGGAGCAGGGGCAGGAGGGACAAAUUUUAUAAACCAAAAAUUCUGUGGGGGGUGGUGGGGUGGGAGGCAGAGGAAGGUGAGGGGUGCCGCCUGUGGGCCACAAAUCUCUACAAGUGCCUGUUCCCUACGCCACCCCAGUACUGGUACAGUUCCUUCAUGCCCACCCCCCAGCUGCUCCUAGGUCUGGCCCAUGGGCAGGUGGGUCAAGGGACAGGAAGGGGAGUCCCUCAAAACCAAACUGGAAGCCCCUCUCUGCCUCCCAGCUGGGGCCCCAGGGGUGGGCUGGAGGGCUGUGUGGUCAAGCCUUAUUCUGUAUUGGGAAUGGAGGGUGGGGCGGGACAUGAGGGGCUGCUGGAGAAUGUAUUCAAAACAAUAAAACCUUGGACCUUUGCAUGUAGUAA